AUGGCAAUCACCAGUGCGAUCCCGACCAUCUCGGUAACUGUCAACCGAAAGGACGAGCCGCUUCAGGAACACGAAAACAGUCAGGUCACGACUGACGACGAAAAGGUCGUGCGCUUCGUGGAAGCCGUCACUGGCGAGAACUUCUCAGUGCACGUCAAUGUCGGCGCCGGCACAGGAUUCAUCGGCGACUCCCUCGCUGUCCACGUGAGCGUCGAUGGAACACCAGUCGACAGUGCGGUCACGAUGCUCAACGGUGAAACACAUACCGGCAGUAUCAUCACAAGCCGAGGGGUCUACUUGAGUGAUGGGAAGGUGCGGAAGUACCGAUUCGCGGAGCUUGACAUAAGAGGAGAGGGCAUACCAUCGGCAGAGGAGAUGCAGAAAUUGAAGCAGCUGGGCGAGAUCCGGGUGGAGGUGCACCAUCAAAUACGUGGAAACUCUUCAAUGCACAGCGGAGUGAGAGGUGCGCAUGGAGUCGGCACGGUGUCGGAGAGAGCCCUCAAGGGUCAAAGUCUCUCCCACAGUGUUGAGUGAGCAGUAUUUUCUGUCACAAUUCUGGGCUGGUGCUGACAAUCUGCAGUUUUGAGGAAGCCGAGCAAUUUGAGGGAUUCGAUGCGAGAUACUAUGAUGGAGACUACAUCGAUCCAGACCUGGCACCAGCUUCAGUCUAUAUCUUCCGCUACCGCUCGCGAGAGAAGCUUAUCCAGAUGGGUAUCAUUGAGGGCGAGGCUCCUGAGCCAGAAGCUGAACAGUCCUUCGAGGAAAGACCACAGCCGUCCGCGACGCCAGACAAGGAGGGGCAAGGAGUGGGCCGGUCAUCGCAGGUGAGUCGUUGCGUGCAAAAGUGUGCAUCAAGAUUGGGCACAGCUAGCACACUAAAAUCGCAGACCUACGACGGCAGAUCCGUGAAGACUGAGUAUGACGAAGGGCAGAUUCGCGCGCAGAGAAAGCGAGCCAGAGAAGAACUCGUCAUGAUCGAGCUUGACAACAGCGGCGAGGUUUUCCGGACUACCGUGACGAAAAGACCCAAAACGAAACCAACGGCUGAAUUUGAGAUCGAUUGA